UAAUUCCAAUUGUAACCUGUCACCAGCUGACUAAUCACUGAUAACGUUUUCGGUUUAUGUCAGAAUGUUUAUAAAGUAAAUUCUUUGAAAGUGUCUAAUAUCUAUCGUAAUUAUCUGUGCCAUGCCGGUAUUCAAUAACAAAUUAUUAAAAUAUUAUUUAAGUAGAAAGUACAUUGUCAGGUUUUAGUGGAAACCUUUAAUGGAAGAAGUUCAUAGGGAGCUACUCUCUUCCCUGAAGACUAUAGUUGAGGGCCUGUUAUCUUGUCAGGUGGCUAAUGUAUGGAACGUAUAUGGAGGUCUCAAUCGUUUACAUACUAUACUUCAAAGAAUUUUAAAACAUGAGUUCAAAAUAUUUAAAGACAAUGGUGAAGAAGAUUGCUGGAAAUUUGUGGAAGGACUUUCAUGGCUUCAACCAAACCUUGCUUCCUCGCCAACUCCCAUAUCUGCUUCUUCUUCUCCUAUGCACCAGCACACUGAUCCAGCGAUGGUUUGGUUACAUAACAGUUUGGAAACACAUACAUUAUCUGAGAAGUUAUCUUGGUUGAUAUCAGACUCGAGUCACCUUUCAGCAUGCUACACAGACCAGGCAUUCCUUUGUCAAAGAGAUUAUGCCGAAGCUACACUAGUUUGUCUGAAGGCAGUUGAACAAAACAGGCUUUUUCUCCUUUCUGAUAUUCCCCCUCGUUUAUACUAUACCAGGAUUCCUGGAAAAAUGCAUCGCCGCUGUUCCUCCCUUCCUGAAACCCUUAAGCCGCCAAAGCCUGCCUGCUCAGUUACUGUAACAAAAGAGAACGCCAGCCCAACAGCGAGCUGGGGUAGCUUGCCAGUGCUUGCUGAGCCAGUUCGUCCUGUCCCUUCUUCUUCUAGUACUGUCCCCGCAUCCCCUGCCAUCAAGAAAGUUCCUAAGAGAGUUGCUGCGGCAUCUGAAAGUUCGGGAGAAAGUUUUAUCUCUUAUAAGUCUAGGUUUAAGAAGAAAUCAUUCAUUGAGGAUGGUGGAGGCAGAAGUAUUCUUCCUAUGAGGACAGGAUACUUUCCUAGACCUCGUCGUGGUCAAUCACUAACAUCUUUCCUGCGGUCACGUGUUUUUGCAUCAGCUGAGUUAGAUAGAGAAAAUGCUCAUUUUUCAGUUUCAGAAGCGAUAAUAGCUGCUAUAGAACAGGUGAAAUGGGAAGUAACAGUAGAAGAAGAAAGUGAUGAAGAAAUAAGAGAUUUGAAAGAUAAACUUAGGGAAAGGAGGAGGAAAUGUGAGGUUGAGAAAAGGGUAUGGCCUGUCUCUGAUUCAGGUUGUGGGGAAACAAGUCCUAGCCCAAAGACAUCUGCCUCUGGUGGAAGCACUGAUAGUCUCUCUACUGAUGAAGAAACUGAUCUUGAAAAUAAAGAAGAACCUGUUUCACCUGAAAACACUAAUUCAGCAGAAGGCGUUGCUCUUUCUUUAUUAAAACAGUUUUCUGGUAAACAUUUGCCAAAAGCUUCAGAAAUAGAUUGGCUCGUGUCAGAAAAAGAUGCACCUCAGCAGUUAUUACCCCUGCCUGAAAGUCUGGCAGCAACACCACCCGAUGAUGAUAUGAGGGAUGCAACUGAACUCCGAGGAACACAACUUUGGGCUCCUCCCAGACCUCAAGUUAUUUUUACUGUUCAUCCUCCUCAAAGGAGAGCUGUUGUUAUGGCAAGACAGAAAUUUAGAUGUGCCGGCUGUGGUAUGAAAAUUGCUGAAGAAUAUAUGGGGCGAUUGAGGUAUUGUGAAUACCUUGGAAGAUAUUUCUGUACUGGCUGUCACUCAGGAAAUACAUCUAUAAUACCUGGAAGGAUACUCGCUAAGUGGGAUUUCUCAAAAUAUCCUGUUUCGAAUUUUUCAUCUAAGCUGCUUGAAGGAAUGUACAGUGACCCAUUAUUCUGUCCUGCUGAUGUUAAUGUUCAUCUCUAUAGAAGAGUUAAACUGUUAGAAAGAACUAAACUUCUUCGUUUACGCCUCACAUACCUCAAAGGGUUCCUCAUGACAUGCCGCUUUGCAAAGAUCGAGCAGAAUGAGUUGAAGAAGGAACCUGACUAUAUGCUACAAGUCACAGAAAUAUAUUCUCUAGAAGAUCUCUGUUCUUUAAAAGCUGGUAAACUACCUGAAAGACUGGCACGCUUAGCUACUCUCUGUAUAAAUCAUGUCUCCAACUGCCCUCUUUGCCAGGGUAGAGGUUUCAUGUGUGAAAUUUGUAGGUCACCUCAAGUAAUUUACCCUUGGGAGCUUGAUAAGGUCGUACGAUGUACUGAAUGUGGCUCUUGUAGGCAUGCUUCUUGUGUUGCGUCCCAGUGCCCCAGGUGUGAGAGGCAAGCCAAAAGGCUUUCCGCCAAGGCAUCUUAAUCUAGUCUUAAGAAUUAGAAUCUUGUUUACCAAAUCCAUGAUUUGCCCUAGAAAAGGUAUAGAUCAAUUUUUACAGUAAAAUUGAUGAGUACUGGUUUUUAUUUUUAGUAUUUUUUUAUAGAUUCCAUAUUAAUAAAAGUGAUAUUUUUAGUCAGAUUUAAAUAACUUGUAGUUAAGUAUUUUUAUCUCAUGUUAAUUAUUUAUAUAACUUAUUAUUGUAUGUUCUUAUUUAAUGUUUUGUUUAGGUGUUAUUUAUUUAUCUCAAUUGUUUAAUCCUGAAGAUCUAAAAUAUAUUUUUCUAGUGACUAAUGAAAUUUUUUAGUAUUUAUUUUCAUUUUCUCUUAAAUUUUCAUGACUCAAUAAGUUAGAGAUAUUGCCAUAAUCUGAAAUCAAAGAAAAUGCCAAUGUGGCGCAUGUAAUUUUUAACAGUAUUUAUGUUUCUAAUCAUCAUGUAUUUUGAUUAGGAUUUUAAUAAUAUUAUUAUUUUAAAGAAAUAUUUGAACCUGUUUGUUUAUUUUUGUAAUGAAGUAACUAUAGACAGCUUUAAGUAGGUUAAUGUUUAAAAACAUGGUGUCUAAUCUGUUGUUAUUUUGUGAUAUUUGAUGUUGUUUCUAUAUUAUUUUUUUUUUAACUUAUAUUGUUAUUGCUUCUCAAAAUACUUUAUUUAAUCAACAGUUAAAUGUUUAAUUCAAAAUACAUAUCAUAAAGCACAAAUUAGAUGGUAAUUUAUGUACAAGGCUUCAAGCAUCCACUUGAUUUUGUAUAUGGAUUAACAGAUAUAAUAAACCUUUUGCAAUUUG